AUGAGCAAAGGUAACUUAUCCUUUAUCAUUCGAGUAUUACUCGAAAGACAGGCUGGUACUGUCAAUGGGUUGAAAUUAGUAAGGAGGCGUGUGGUUGUAAUGGUUUGCAGUAGUUUAUUACUGCUAAUUCGGCGGAUUAAGAACUCUGGCGGUAUGAGUAAAAUUGAUAUACGAAAUUGGUGUUUGAAUACUAUUGCAGUUCUAUUUGCGACCAAUGCUUCUCCAUAUAUAAAACCUAUUUUGGAUAAUAAGAAAUACGAUAAGCUGAUCGAUAGAAUAACUCUAAUAUUUUCAAUCAUGAUUUCUAGGACAGUACCUGAAAAGCUGGUUUCAUUUUCAGUUGCUAACGUUAUAAUAAAUGGAAUCCGUAAUUUCAUAAGUGCCAAAAAACCUGAUGCUACUGCAUCAUCUCUACUGAACCAUGCUGCAACUUCGAUGUUAAUUACGCUUAUAUACCUUUUGGAUGACAAAAAAAGCCGGUUGUACAAGUCGAUUAUAUUCAAUGACAAGAAUCUCUUCUAUGAUUUCGCCAUAAUUUUUUCUACCAUUUCCAUUCAUUCAUUUUAUAUGGACGUGAUGAAUAAGCUUGGUUCUAAGAAAAUAGAUAAGGACUUCUUACUUGAACUUUAUGAGCGUCGAAAAACUUACAGGAAAUACAAAGCAAACUACUCAGAAAUAUCAAACAAUUCAAAGGUCAUAGUAGAUAAAUUCAGAGAAAAAUAUGAAAUAACAUUCAAAAGGCAGAGAACAAAGCUUGAGAAAAUACUGAAUUCGAGGCUAUUCCAAAACUUCAUUAGUACGAGUCAGUGGUGUAUAUUUAAAGUUUUACUAAUGCAUAUUUUUAGGAAAGAGAGUGGUAGGUUCAGAUUUAAUGGAACGACCAAAAAAUUCGUUGCUACAUUUAUAAGUCUAUUAACCUUAGACUUCGGGAAGGUGAUGAGUGUCAAUACCUGGAUAUUGAAAUUAUUAACGUAUUACAUCUCAAUUAAAUAUUAUCAUUGGUGGCAAGUAACUGAAGAGAUUAACAAGGUUGUCCUGUCUAUUGCGUCUGCCCUAAUAGUAUAA